AUGCUCGAGGUUCCUCCGCAUACAUUUCCAAGACCCAAGGAUCGAGCCUCCAGUCGCAUUCAGAAAAAGCGUCAAACUCCCAUUUGGAGUUUCAUCUACGAAGAAGCCAGCAAGAAUUAUGGAAGACGUGAAGUCCAGGAACUUGAGAAGUGGGCGAAGGACUUCGAGGUCAAUAACGCUGAGCCAAAAGACUAUUGGAGAUGGGUACACCUACCCGCGAAUAACAAAGCUUGGGUCGAGGACUUGAUACGUCCAUUGAGUGGUAUGGACGAUGACAUCACAUUCAAGGCGUAUUGGAGCGGGAUCAGAUCGUUCAUUACUGGAUCAUACCACGAAAUUAGAGGCCCGGCUCCACACGCUCGCUUCCGAAAGCCUUCUUUUACCCCUUUGUUUGGAUCCCACGGCGGAAUCUUCUCCCUAGUUAUUCCAUACUUUGAUGCAGAAAGCCUCGACUGCUUUCUCCAAGACAAAACGUGCUUUUCUCAGCUUUGUAAGGAUAACUUUGCCAACAAGGAAGAGUUGAAGCACCUCUAUAACGAAUCCGACGACAGUCUAGCCAACUUCCAUGCACCAUGCACGCUAGAUCAGUCUUACUACCUCUCCCUUGAUGAUUCGGGUGAUCGCGACAGGGACCAGGUCGUAGUCAAACACGUCAGGCGUGAAGAAGAACUGAGAUUGAACAGGUUUUUACAAGACGGACCGGCAACUGUGCUGGCGAGAACCACUGUUAAGCCUAAGAAGCUCCUCAUGGUAAACCAGAUGUGGGUUUGGAAGAUUGACUCCACGACCCUUAUCACUGCGUUUCCCGAUCGUCGACACCCAGCGCAAGAACACAACCUCUUGGCGCAAAUCUCCGAAGCUCUGCGAACACAGCCGCCUCUGAACAUGGGUUCCAUGAUAUCUCUCAUGCUGAAAUACGCCACUGGGUUCGUGGAUGCCCCGACCAACGCCGGACUGGAUGAGAAUCUAUUUCAUAUCUUCGAACAAAGUAUCGCUUAUCGGGCCCAAGAAGACGCAGACGGCUAUGCAAAAUUCAACAAAUGGCAAAAAAUGUUGAGCAGCUUGGACGAACAGCGAGUCCCGAAGCAGAGGAUGAAGGACCACAACGCGAAACGGAGGCAAAUGGGAGAUGAAUUAUGCAACAUAACAGAUGAGCGAGUUUUGGAGGAUCAGAGGAUGGUCGUCGCCCAGUACGAUGCCGGCCAGGAAGGAUGGACAAUCGGUGUGAACAAAAAUCGAUUCGACACAGAAGAAGUGUUUCUGCCAAAGGAUGGAGAGGAUGAACUAGCGCUCCUGAAGAAGAGGCUGGAGUUUCGGAUCUCCAAGGUCAAAUCGCUUUUCGCGGACGCAUCUUCGGUAGAAAACUCGCUCAAUCAUCUCCUGGAUCUCAAGCAGAAGCAAGGCAACCUCAUGGUUGCCAGGGAUACACGCAGCCUUGCAAACGAAGCGGACAACAGAGCCAAAGCCAGCGCCUGGCAGAGCCGGCUACUUUUUAUCUUUACUUUCAUUACAGUUAUCUUUACACCUAUAUCGUUCGCAUGCACAUUUCUGGCGGUCCCGGUUCGAGAAUUUCCUCGUGGAAGCGGAGAAGAGGUGGCCUGGCGAUGGUUCCAAGUAUUCGCCGCAGGUCUGGUCACAGAAGCCAUCAAGUGUCUGGUCGUUGCAACAUGGCUUGUCCCAGAGUGGAGUAGUUCCUCAAUAUCUCUACUCCCUAAAAGUUGGAGAGGACAUAACCUUGAGAACAAACAAGAUUCAGGAGUCUGAAAGGUAACUGAUGAGGAUAUGAUGAGUAGCCGGAGAGGGGUCCGAAAAUGAAAUAGGGCAUGUUUCUUGAAAGGCUGAG